UCUUCAGUGAAAGUCCUGCUCUGAGACACAGAGGAGACUCCUGAGAGAAACAUGCAGAUUAACCCGAACAGAUAUCAACACAGGACACCUCCACUGUUGCAGAGAUGCUCUCUCUGGUGAUUUCAACACGCCGGCUCUGGGUGGUUCAUCUGUGAGGGAACAAGGGCCAUAGCCACCAUGAGUGUUGAAAUUGAGGGCAGGGCAGAGCACGACUCGGAGCACAAUGGUGAGUUGGCUGACAUGGUGGCAGACAUGAACGUGGCCGGCCAGCGCAUAACCCUGCCCAGUGGCUGCAAGCCCGGGCCCUCGAGGACCACCAGGGUCUCAGACAGGAAGAUGUCCCUGCAGGAGAGAGGGAGCCGCAUGCCCAGACAGCCCACCAUCGAGACCAAACGUGUGUCCAUCACAGAUGCUGAAGAUUGUGUCCAGCUGAAUCAGUAUAAGUUGAAGAAAGAGAUUGGGAAGGGUUCAUAUGGAGUGGUCAAAUUGGCUUAUAAUGAAGAUUGUGAGAAGUACUAUGCAAUGAAAGUUGUUUCAAAGAAGAGGCUGAUGAAGCAGUGUGGAUUUUUUCGCCGAAUGCCUUCUAAAGGACCAAAGCCUGCGUUUCCUCUGGAGAAAGUCUACAAGGAGAUCGCCAUCCUGAAAAAACUGGACCAUCAUAAUGUUGUUAAGCUAGUGGAGGUGCUUGAUGAUCCUGAUGAAGAUGGACUUCACAUGGCCUUCGAUUUGAUGACAAAAGGCCAGGUGAUGGAGGUGCCCACAGACCACCCUUUCACAGAGGAGCAGGCUCAGUUUUAUUUCAGAGACAUCGUCCUGGGAAUUGAGUACUUGCACUACAACAAGAUCAUCCACCGGGACAUCAAACCUUCCAACCUGCUGCUGGGGGACGACGGUCACGUCAAGAUCGCAGACUUUGGUGUGAGCAACGAGUUCGAGGGGACGGACGCCAACCUGUCAUGCACAGCGGGGACGCCAGCCUUCAUGGCCCCUGAGAUGGUGACUGAACACGAGCUGAGCUACAGGGGGAAGGCAUUAGACGUGUGGGCGAUGGGAGUCACACUCUACUGUUUUGUCUUUGGAAAGUGCCCUUUUUAUGAUGUAAACAUCAUCUCUCUGCACAACAAGAUCAAGCACAAACCUGUGGCGUUUCCAGAUACGCCAUCGAUAAGUGAUGCUUUAAAAGGGCUCAUUGAAAGGAUGCUGGACAAAAACCCUGAAUCAAGAAUCACCAUCCCUGAAAUUAAGCUGGAUGCGUGGGUGACGGAGAACGGCUCUGAUCCUCUCCCUCUGGAGGAGGAGCACUGCACGGCGGUGGAGGUCACUGAGGAGGAGGUGCAGCAAGGCGUCACACUCAUCCCCAAACUCUCCACGGUGAUUCUGAUUAAGACUAUGCUGAGGAAGCGCUCUUUCAGUAAUCCCUUUGAGUGUCUGGGCGUUCGGACACAGAGGUCCAUGUCUCUCCCUGGAGGUCUUCUUACUGGCUCUUGGAGUUUACCGAAGGCCUCGCCUCAGCUUCCUCCAACCUUGAGGAAAGUCAGCAGGGAGGCGAGCAGAGAAGGCGAGUUAGAGGACUUGCAUGAAGAUGAUACAUUAAAAGAGAGUGAAGAUGAAAAAGAAACAUUAACACAGAUUAAAAAAGAAGAGAGCUUCAAUGGUUAAUGCAUAAUACUGAUGACAUACUCUAUGUUAUAAUAUGGAUAGUUAAAUACAUACAAACCGUUCAAAAAUCUGAUUUGAUUGUAUUUUUACAUUUUUUACAGUUGUUGAGAAUAUUAUUUGUCUGAAUCAAGAUAAAUACAUUUCUCAUUAUAAACAA